UCUACGUUUGUGUAGUUUGACAAGCCCAGUCUGUCGAAAAAGAAGAUGUGAAAAUUGCCAUCGCGUUUGUUUUUAUCUUUUUUGUAGGAGAUAUUAAGCCAUAAGUAAUACUGUAUUCGAUAAACAAUGGACACAUAACUUAAUCCAGUACACAAAAAACAUUUAUGAUUCCGUUUUAGCGAAGCAAGGCCUCAGGUUGUUUAUCUAUCUGGUCUUUACUUAAGGAGAGUGAAGAUAACUAGCCUGCCGUUCUCCACCCAAACUGAGCCCAAGCCUAUAUUGACUGGGGUCCUGAUUGUGACAAAGGACUUCCCUGUGCACCGCAGGAGAAAUGGCAUCAGUGAAAGACAGUAGUCAAACACUCCGGCUGAAUAUCAUCACGAAAGAUAAAGAAGAGGAAGUGAAGAUUUGGGAAUGUGAUGAUUACCCAGGAGAGAGUCCAGACAUGGCAUCAGUAGAGCUGGCAGGCAGCAGUCAAACACUGGGGCUGAAUGUCACCAUUAAUGAUGAACAGAAGGAAGACAUUGGGGAAUCUGCUGAUCAUGGAGAGACCUCUAACUCCUCUGACCAAGUCGAGACAUUUCCUGCAUCAGGGAAGAAACAUCAGGAAGGGAGCAAAGCUAAGGGGUCUCGCCACUGCCCACACUGUGAGGAGAGCUUCCCAUUCCCAUCAUAUCUUGAAAGACACCUUCGAAAACAUUCUGGAGAGAAGCCUUAUGCCUGCUCUGUCUGUGGGAGGAGUUUCUCUCAACUGAGUGGUUUGAACGUGCACCAGCGAACACACACUGGAGAGAAGCCUCACCGCUGUCCUCACUGUGAGGAGAGUUUCCCAUUCCCAUCAUAUCUUGAAAGACACCUACGAAAACAUUCUGGGGAGAAGCCUUAUUCCUGCUCUGUCUGUGGGAUGAGUUUCUCUCAACUGAGUGGUUUGAACGUGCACCAGCGAACACACACUGGAGAGAAGCCUCACCACUGUCCUCACUGUGAGAAGAGUUUCCCAUUCCCAUCAUAUCUUGAAAGACACCUGCGAAAACAUUCUGGAGAGAAACUUGACACAUAA